AUGGAUGAUCCGGACCGCGAAACCCGAUUUAAAUCUGGUAUCUGUAGUUCAGCUUGCUUUCUUGGGCAGAAAGAAUUCUUCGCGAGACCUACAAAACGGAAUUCGGCGAGAAGAUAAAUCGAUAUAGAGAAAUGGAUCCGAGAACUACAGAGGUUUCCCAACUGUUCGAGCGAUUCAAAGCGGCUAUUGUCCGCAAAGAUUUUGAUACUUGUACCCAACUUCUGUCUCAGCUCAAGGUAUCAUUGACAGGAUUCAAGAGUCUGCCUCCAUUAUUUGAAGAAACUCCAAAUGCCGUCUAUGAAUUGACACUCGCAAGGGACAUUUAUGAGCAUGCAGUUGUCCUAAGUGUGAAGAUUGAGGAUCAGGAUGCUUUUGAGAGAGACUUUUUCCAACUGAAGCCUUAUUAUACUGAUGCUUCUGGUCGUAUCCCACCUUCUCCUCAGGAGUAUCCAAUUUUAGGUCUCAACCUGCUAAGACUCCUUGUGCAAAAUAGAAUUGCUGAAUUCCACACUGAGUUGGAGUUACUUUCUGCUAGUGCUUUGGAGAACCCUUGUAUUAAGCAUGCUGUUGAGCUGGAACAAUCCUUCAUGGAAGGAGCAUAUAACAGGGUGCUGACUGCUAGACAGACUGUACCUCAUGAAACAUAUGUCUAUUUCAUGGACUUACUUGCAAAGACAGUCAGAGAUGAGAUAGCUGGGUGCAGUGAGAAGGCCUAUGACUCUCUUUCAGUAAAUGAUGCACGUCAAAUGCUGCUGUAUUCAUCAGACAAGGAAGUUGUUGAAUAUAUCAAGGAGGAGCAUCCUGACUGGGAGAUCAAGAAUGGGUCUGUGUUUUUCCAAAGAGCUAAGGAAUCUGUACCUUGCAAGGAGAUUCCGUCCUUGCAGUUGAUCAACCAGACACUCAGUUAUGCGAGGGAGUUGGAGCGCAUUGUGUGAGGGGACUAUAUGAGCAAAUGCUGCUCUUAUCCGUGCUUUCAUGCAUUUUGUGGCAUCAACGUGCUCGGCGUAUUGAGGGAAUUCGUUUCCCAAUUCCUGCAGUUCACUUGACCUUGCCUUUAGCUAAAUUUCCAUACUUGAAACCAUGAUUUAUUUCCUUGUUUUGUUCAAUGGAACAAGCAAAUACUGUGUUGGUUACAGUUUAGCUACGAAAUAUGUUGAGAUGGUCAAUUUCCUGAUUCAUGACAUCUUGUAUGCAUAGGACCAUUUGAAUUUAAAUGUCUUCAAAACUUCAUGUUUCA